AUGAAGGCCACAGUCAUUGCAACCUUCUUUGGUGUGUUUCUUACGUGUACAUACACAGCUAAGGAAGCCACAAAGAAGAUAAAAAAGGCUAAGUUAUAUGUACCCCAGAUUGAUUGUGAUGUCAAGGCGGGGAAGAUAAUCAAUCCAGAAUUCAUUGCAAAAUGCCCUCCUGGAUGUCAAGAUGUAAAAUACCGUGUUUAUGGCACCGACAUUUAUGCUUCCUUUUCCAGUGUCUGCAAUGCUGCAAUUCACAGUGGCAUAAUUGAUAACACAGGCGGGAAGAUCCUUGUCCAGAAAGUUGCUGGCCACUCUGGUUACCGCGGGAGCUUCUCCAACGGGGUCAGGUCCCUGUCACUGCCACGCUGGAGGGAGUCCUUCCUCGUGUCAGAGGGCAAGCCAAGAAAAGGUGUGACAUAUCCUUCAACUCUUGAAUAUGCCUCUUCAAAAAGCACAGCUGUUAAAUCAGAGCCUCAAAAGCCAGAGCAAGACCUAAAAGGUACGAAGAAUGCAGAUACUGCUAAUGCAUCAGAAAAAGCAUCGGAACAAGGGGACGUAGUCCGCAAAGACUAUCAGACAUCUCCAGUGCCGACACCAGCCACACGAAUGGCCACCACAACCCCAACGCCAACGACCACGACGACAGAUCCUUCCACCACAGUGCCACAGCCAACCACAACACCUGCAACAACCACAACCACAGCAGCUGCAGCCAAGACUAAACCUGGACUGCACAGGGUCAGAGAUACAGGUUCUAGCAGUGUCCACCCAGCAUAUGCAUCUGUGGUAGCUGCAGCAUCAAGACAAGUUCAGGCUGCACAAGGAAGAGGACAAAAUACAGCAUUCAGGGGCACUUCCACCUCUGCAAGUAACAGGAAUAUUUUACGACACAAUACAGGUAUUCAGCGCCAGGAGCCCGUCGCCACUUUCCAGAGGGCUGCUGGCUCUUCAGCCCACCUGGCAAUGGAAACAGACUUGUGGAAACAUGGAUUGAGCCUUUUUGACACAGGCUUCGGUUCAAAGGAAGAAUUGAAUCCAAAGCCGCUGGAGUCUGUCUCCCAGGGGAACCCAAAUUGCAAGGUUGAUUUGUCCUUCUUGAUGGAUGGGAGCUGGAGCAUCGGCAAACGCCGCUUUCAGCUCCAGAAGCGCUUUCUUGGUAAUGUGGCUCAAGCCCUCGGCAUCGGCAGUGCUGGUCCUCUGAUGGGCAUUGUUCAGUAUGGAGAUGACCCUUCCACAGAAUUUAACUUAAAAACCUAUGCCAACUCCAAGGACCUAAGAAAUGCCAUUGAGAAAAUUCAACAAAAAGGGGGACUUUCCAAUGUUGGGAAGGCACUUUCAUUUGUUAAUAAGAACUUCUUUUUGGAUGCUAAUGGAAACCGAGGUGGAGCACCCAAUGUGGUUGUAGUGAUGGUGGAUGGUUGGCCAACUGAUCGAGUGGAAGAGGCCUCCAGGCUGGCUAGAGAAUCAGGAAUCAAUAUUUUCUUUGUCACUGUUGAAGCAGCUGCUCAGAGUGAGAAGCAGAACGUUAUUGAACCAAACUUUGUGGACAAGGCAGUGUGCAGGACCAACGGUUUCUAUUCCAUCAAUGUGCCCAGCUGGUUCAGCCUACACAAGGUGGUGCAGCCCUUGGUGAAGCGUGUCUGCGACACCGACCGGCUGGUUUGCAGCAAGACAUGUCUCAAUUCAGCUGACAUUGGCUUUGUAAUCGACGGCUCCAGCAGCGUCGGAACCAGCAACUUCCGCACGGUCCUCCAGUUUGUAGUCAACAUCAGCAAGGAGUUUGAGAUCUCGGACACCGACACCCGCAUUGGAGCCAUUCAGUACACCUAUGAGCAAAGGCUGGAGUUCAGCUUUGACAAGUACAGCACAAAGCAGGACGUGCUGAGUGCUAUUAAAAGGAUCAGUUACUGGAGUGGUGGGACCAGCACGGGAGCAGCCAUCAGCUAUGCCUCAGAGCAGCUGUUCAGCAAAUCCAAACCCAACAAAAGAAAGAUCAUGAUUCUCAUCACAGAUGGCAGGUCUUACGACGAUGUCAGUGUGCCAGCCAUGGCAGCUCACCAAAAUGGAAUUAUUGCUUACUCCAUUGGAGUUGCUUGGGCAGCCCCAGAUGAACUUGAAGCCAUUGCAACAGACCCCGAUAAGGAGCAUUCCUUCUUUGUGGAUGAAUUUGACAACCUCUACCGCUAUGUUAAUCAGCUCAUCCAAAACAUUUGCACAGAAUUUAAUUCCCAGCCACGGAACUGAUUGACUCAAGCAAGGCAGGACCCUUGGGCACCAUGCUGAAGGCACACCAAGUGCCACAGGAAUAAUGCUAGCCCUCAG